UGUCUUUCAACAUGUUCUCUAAAGUACUUGCUUUAAGCGCGGUGUUAGCGGUGGCCAGCGCUGGUCUCCUGGCUACUCCCGCAGUUCACUACUCUCCAGCUUCCGCGGUCUCCUCACAGAGCAUCGUGCGCCAUGAACAGCCAAUCGCCGUAGCUGCUCCCGUCGCAUACCAAUCUGCUCCAGUCGCAUACGCCUCUCCCGCUCGCUAUUCGGCCGCUGUCUCCUCACAAAACAUCGUCCGCCACCAACAGCCUAUCGCCGUAGCUGCUCCCAUUGCCUACAACGCCGCUCCUCUCUCUUAUGCCACACCUCUUUCUUACGCUGCUCCCGCUCGUUACUCAUCUGCUGCUGCAGUUUCCUCCCAAAACAUCGUUCGUCACGGACAGGCUAUUGCUCCCGCACGUCUGGCCUACCAAGCUGCUGCUCUAGUCGCUCCCGUCGUCCACGCUGCUCCCCUUGUCCACGCUGCUCCAGCCCGCGCCAUUAUCGCCCAACACGAGGAAUACGACGCACACCCCAGCUACGACUUCGCUUACUCCGUAGCCGACGGCCACACCGGUGACAACAAGUCCCAGCACGAGAGCCGCGACGGAGAUGUUGUACGUGGUGAAUACUCCCUGGUUGAAGCUGACGGCUCAAUCCGCCGCGUAGAGUACUCCGCUGAUGCACACAACGGCUUCAACGCCGUCGUCAGCAACUCUGCACCCGCUCACGCCGCCCCUGCAUACGCCCCAGCUGCUGUUCUCGCCCACCAUUGA